CAGUCUUCGUCGCACUUUUGAAAACAACGGUCGCAAACUUUUCGCAUACGAAACGCACAAAUUGUGCUUUUGCUUGCUUAAUCGACUAUGUGGUAGGUGUUAGUCACAAACGGGCUCUAUUCUGUGUGUGUGUGCGUGCAUAAGUGUGGGUGGUGGAAGAUACACGGCAUUUUCUUGGUGCUCUAACUUUUUUACGGCACCAAAGAGGAGCUGUUCGAAAAUUACUUAGGUGUCUGCUGAAGGCAGUAAAGGGUUGCAGAGAUUUCGGGUCUAUAGAAUUACAUCGAUCCCUACAUUAACUUGUAUGUGCACGUGCGCAUAGCUAUACUUGUAUAUAUAUAAAAUUUGAUAAUGUAACGGUUAUGUUUUUGAAAAUCUACAAACGUAUUGCAAUGAGUAAAAAUUUUAAAAAUUUCAAAUGUUGUGCAAAGUGAAAAUCGGACGUUGUGCCUGCAUAAAUAUGCAGCAGAAAUAAAGACCGCCAGAGUACCGUUCAACAUAUAAACAGAGAAAAAAAGUUUUCAAAUAUGCACAAAGAAACCCAUUUGUAAUCAAAACUUUGAAAAACUCACUUGAUCUCACGAAAGUCAAUGGAAUUAAACGGCAACGUCACUGAACUGACAUGAAUAGGAGUGAAUAGAGUAUAAAAGAGUACAAUGGUCAAUUUCACUACGAAAAAAGCGACUUCUAGUUGGGAGAGUUUCUCUUUUGUUCAUGAAUGCAAGCAAACAAAAGACCAUACAAGAAAAUUGAAGCAACCAAACAUUGUGCGAAUAGCGCCAAAUGAAAAACUCUACAGACAAAACGAACAGUGAUGGAACUGUGAUACCAGAGGGAGGUACGUAAUGGCAGAUAGAAGUGCGGAGGAAAGAGGAAAGCAUAGUUUUCGUAUGCAACUCAAGAAUUUAAACGUCACACAUACACGAAGCAGAGCGAAAAAGAAGGACACAAAGCUAGGGUUGAUGUAGUAGCUUUAUGUUCAAAAGGUAAAAUUACCCAGAUGAGAUAAUAUAAACACAGCACUGAUUACACUUAAAUAUAAAAGAACAAAUGAAAAUUUGGAACAACACAGAAAAAGUCUACUAAUUGUAAACAUUUGCUGAAAAUCCGUGCAAAAUGAGUGCUCAGAUUGGUUAUUGUUUAGCUUCCAAGGGGAUCAGUUGGAAAACCUCAUAUUCAGAGUAGGGAAAUAUGUUUAUGAUAGCACCGCAAACAUUCACAUCACAGGCGCUGAUCAACAAAUUUAUUAGUAUAUGUAACUGAGAAACCGAGCCUCAACUAUGAACUUCCCAACAACGCUCCAAAGACAAAGUUUGACUAAGGAAUAUCCAGAGCCACAGGCUUCCAAUAUGAGGUAUCCGGCCAGUGUGCCGUCACCGCAGCCACAAGCAUAUGCCUCUGGCUAUGGGAAUUUUGGCGAUGCCGCACAAUUCAAUGCUCACGCCUCACGACAAGCAAUUCACCAACAACAUUACUCAGCUGAGCAGUUACAGUAUCACCAACAACAACAACAACAUCUUCAUUAUAAUAACACUUUCAACAGUAGGCUAAUUGGUGAUGGCCCCAAUCAUAAUGUGUCCAGUGGACCAGUUUCGAGUAUUUAUAGUAACCGAGCACGAUACUUUCCCUAUCCGCAUAGUCUGCCGCAGCAUUCAUUGCGUGGCAUGUAUACACCUGCUGGCCAGCAGUUGAUACCAUCCAGCGUUUUGCAUUAUCCGCCCCGUAGUGAGGCCUAUCAACCAAACGCCAUGACAUUGCAACAGCAGCGUUCUGUAUUGACACAACCAUAUGCGUCGGCGCCACACACCCAACCGCAACUGCAACCACAUUUACGGCAACAGCAGCAACCGUCACCGCAAGCACAACUGCCGCAUCACCAAACCGCAUUUGGGGGCAAUGAAUCGCAAAUGCGACAUUACGCUGACGCCCUCAACACGACACAACCAACAUACAGGCAAGCAACGGGCGAAACGCCGAAUUUGUUGAUGCAUUUACAUAGUAGCAGGUCUCCACCUGCAACUCCAAUAUCGCCACCAUCUCCAGGUGCCACGCAGAUCGCACGAAGCGUGUCUCGGCCUCCGUCAGCUGACUGCAAUACUUAUUCACAGUUAAAAAACCAGUACCGGCAGUCCGUCAGUUCGCCUACUCGCGCCCAAACAUUAUCCAACGAGGAUUUACAUACUGCAAACACGUUAAAAUCUCAGCAGAGCGUACCACCAGCUCAGCGAUUGCCUGGAUUGCAAAUACAAUCUGCUUCCUGCACUUCCUCCGAGUUGCCAACAGUGGGUGAAGACGCACAAGAUAGCCCACGAGGUAGCCAUGAGGAAAAGCAACUUCAAGCUGGUACGUCUCUUUCACUCAGCAAUAGUAACGGUGCAUUUACACCGCGACAAACGUCUAGUAGCGAAUGCUUGACCACUUCACCGCCAUUAAUAAGCGCCACCGGCACGGAUAGUGGUAUCAGCAUUAGCAGCUGUAGUACUCGCGCCCGCAGCGAUAGCACACAAAGUACACCAGUUUACAACGGUGAAUAUCCAAUGUCGGUGGGCUCAUCCUCGGGAGUGUCAUACCAAUGCGCGGAUAUAAAGGAUUUCGAAGAUUUCGGCAGAGAAAAAGAAGAGAUUACAGCUUGUGCGUCUCUCAACGAAAAUGAAUUUUUAAAAUGCAAUCAGGAAAUCGUUGAAAGUGAUAUUAAUGUGGGGCAUGCAGUGCCUGAUAGGAUAAAUGAGAAAAACUCAUUCAAGACGAAAGAACCAGACAUAGACCGAAAGUUCUUUAAUGAGGAAAGGAAACAAAGUGAUGACAAAACAGAGGAAACAGACAAAUCGACCAAACUUUCGGUAGCGGCUAAAUCGUUACAAUUUGAUUCAACUGAAACUCAAAAUAAUGGAGAGGAACCUCCAAAUGCCACUCGCACAAAAGAAUCCCUUCAUGAGUUAGCUUUAAAUGCACAGGAGGGAAUUUCCAGAAUUAUAGAAAUUAAAAGUGAACCUAAAGAAGGUAAGGAGCAGCCUCCCCACCAACAGCAAACUCACAAGCACCACGCCGUAGGAGAAAUUGUUGAAGGCACCGCUGCCAGUAAUAAUAACAAACGCGCCCCGCCACCGACCACACCACAAAGUCAACCACAUUUGGAGCCUACUACCUUGCAAGAACAAGAACUACCGUCUCCGCCCGUGCCACCAGCUCCACCGCAAAAUUCACCAAUCGAUUAUUGUCGAACAACCAGCAUCGCAAACAUGAGUCCAUAUGCCUAUGUGCCACCACCAAUGACGCAAUUAAAAGCACCGACGUCAGCGGCUGCUGCAGCGGCAGCGGCUGCAGUUGCGGCGGCGGCGGCAGCAGCUGCUGCGUCAAUACGCACGAACAAAAAUCGCAUUAUGGAAUGUGACCUCAUACCAAGCAGAAAAUCGAAACGGAAAUUGAACCCUAUUUCGGGAAAGUGGCAAAAGGAUGUGGGAGGUGAUGCGAGCGACAGUACGAAAGAGAAGAGGGAUAUGACUCCGCUGCCUGGCUUCCAACAAGCCUUUGGCUCCACUGAAAUCGGUCGUUUUUUCGAGACAUUUUUAUUGAGUCCGCCGGACUGCCACAGCUUCACUGACAACUACGAGCCUUUAGAUGUCGAGGAACCAUGGCAACAAGCUCACCAACACCAACAACAGCAGCAGCAAUACCAAUUACAAAUUAAACAGGAUCAGGAACAGCAUGAACUUAAUCAGUUACAACAAUACAAGCAGCAACAACAACAAUAUGCACAACAAGAGUAUCUUAAUCGAAGAUAUGCUGAUAAUAACAGCUACCAAUCGCUUCAUCAACGACUGUAUCCCCACUACCCACAUCCGCCACUCCAUCCCGCACACCCGUACCACCGAGGCCAGUCGUACCCAUACCCCAUUAGUGCUAACAGUAACCACCGCGAUAUGUGGAUGUACGGCCGCAACGCCCUCAAUCCUUAUGUGAUGCCUUUCGAAUAUGGUGCUGCCAGAUCGGCCAGCAGCUCGCCCUCGUCGCCUUAUCAAAUGCCUUUGAAUUUGCGAUCAGGUUACGGCUCCGCAUACGAUGGGAGAGGUUACACCUAUGGGCGUAUGAACAGUACUUACAGUGGCAUACGUUGUAAUGGCUAUUGAAAUAAGUUUGUACAAUAGGUUUUAUGUGAGGAAAAUAACCGUUAAACAUAAUUAAAAAGAAAUUUUCAAAAACAUUAAUAAUUUAUAGAGUCAAGUGAUAAGUUAGUUCUUCAUGCAUAUGUAUAUAGGAUCAUUGAUAUGAUCAGGUGAAAAGUUAAUACAAAUAUGUGCCUUUUCGGACAAAAUUCUGGAACGUCGUCUUCAGUUCAAAAUAACAGUAUGCAAACAAUUUGAUCAAAAUUAGUAUAAAAUUAUAGUGAAGUGUAUAUAUGUGGAGAUAUAACACGAGAAUGCAAUGGAUGAAAUUGCUUUUAAUCGCUAAAGGAUACAAAAAUAUCAAAAUAAAGCAAAAUUAAAAAAGUACAACUGAGCAGAAAUACUCGUAAAAAAAUUAAAUGUAAACAAAAUUGCGAAAUUGAUUUAAACGAGUGUAAGAAUUUUUCAAUUAGCCGCGAAAAAGCGAGAGGAGAGAAUAUUGAUGCUUAUGUAUAUAAUUUUUUUCGACAUAUUUUUCAUUUUUCGAUGACACUUUUCCUGGUUUAAGGUUCUAAGUAAACUGAAAAGCUAUGCCAUUUAAGGUUAGAAAGCGAAUUUAAAAAGCAAAUGUCAUGAUAAGAUGCAAACAAAGGCACACCUGAGCUGUAUCCAUGGCGAAAUGUCAAGCGGAGUCUGGGGUUGAGUUUCUAUAGGCAUGCAAGAUGACAGCUUUUUGAUCGGAAAAUGGUUGCAUUGUGUUAUCUUUUUAAAUUUAGAGAAAAAUUCUCACAAAAAAAUUGGUUAUAAGAAAAACUUUAAUAUUAUACAUACAAAUGUAUUAUACGAUGGUUUUAGUUAACGCCACAACAACUUCACCAAAGUCACAGACAUGAGUAUGUAUAUUUAUAAAACAAAAAAAAAAAAACAUUAAACAUCACACUACAUAUAAGCGUUAGGAGUAAAACUUAAUAAAAAGAAACUUUGUCUGCUGCACUUGCAUUAAAAACACGUGGAAACUGGAGCAAAAGUCAAAAGAAACAAAUUCCAAUAGACAAAAAUAAAUAAAUAAUAAAUUUUCAACUUAAGUGAAAACAAUAAAAAAAGUCUAUGAUCAUGAAUGUGCCAUUUAAAUAUUUAAUUAUCGAAUAAUAUUAUACUCCAACUUCUCUAGACAAUUGAAAGUAGUCAAAUUUAUGUGAAUUAAAUGUAAAUGCAGAACAUGCAGUUUCAUGUUAAAAACAUGCGUUUGCAUGUCAAACAUUUGUCUGUACAUGCAUGAUAAACGGCAAAUUUAAAACGAAAAUUGUUACAAAGAAAGAAUUUAUAUAUGUAUAUGUAUGUAUAUAUAAAUGCAUAUAUGUAUGAGUGUAUUUAUUUGAGUUUAUUACUUUUUGUAAUAUUAAUUGCAUAAGAUUUAAACGAAUUUUUUUAAAUACAUAUAAAUAUAUUUUUAACUUAUCUACUUACUCACA